AUGAAGCCCUUCCGCUCCGUCCUCUUCCUCGUCGCCUUCCUCCUUGUCCAGCUGGGUUCCAGAGCUGCCCCCACGGCCUCACCGUCUUCCGGCUCCGACCCCGCCGGGGUGGGCCGCCCCUACCAGACCUCCCCUCUGGCUCCUGAAGCGGCCGCGGGAGAUGGGCCCGAGCCCUCCCAGACCCCUGGCGCGGCUUCCCCGGAGCCCUCUGCCCUCGGCUCCACCGAGACGCCCGCGCCUGACCUCGGGGAGACCCUGUUCUCAGAGGCUCCUGAGACCCCCUCCCGCGACCCACUCACAGCCUCUACCCCAGAAUCCCCGGGCACCCCAGACCCUUCUGAGACCCCCAAACCUGACCCGGCUGAAAUUCCACACUCAGCGUCACCCGUGGCCUCAACUACCCUUACCCAAACCACACACCCGGAACCCCCAGAGACGCCCAAACCUAACGCCACAGAAAUCUCACGUGUGGAAGCCCCAGAGACCCCAAAUCCCGACCCCACCAAGACCCUUGACCCCACAUCUCCAGAAACGCGUGACCCCGACACCACUGAGGCUGCAGACCAGACCCUGCAGCCUGACCCUACUGCGACCCCCAACCCAGAACCCCAUGUGACCCACAACCCCGGCCCCACAGAGCUCCCCACAGCCCACUCCCAGAAUGCAUCAGAGACCCCCGUGACCUGUGACCCGGAGAUCCCCACGACUCCUCCCCCAGACACGCCUGCAACCUUCAAGGAGGAAGCUACCGCCCUCGGCGAGGCGCACCUGAGCCCCACACCUGACACCCCGGCGGCCACCCAGCCCGACUCCCCGAAACUGCCCCCCUCAGAGUCCCCAGGGGCCGUGGAGCUGAAGGCCUCCCAGAACUCUAGCUCCAAAGGGCCUGACACCCCUCCUCCCUCAGCCCGAAUCGCGAGCCCCCCUGCGCCCCCAGGACCCCCCAACCAGCCGGCGCCUGCCACUCUGAGGGACCCCCCAAGGCGCAGCCGAGGCGACAGCGUCAACACCAUCAUCGUGGUGGAACGAGUGAAGGAGACCGGCGUGACGCUCGUGGGGCGCCCGCGCGGCGCGGGAGGCGGGGCCCUGUGCCUGUUCUUCGCGGGGACCGGGCUGCUGAUCGGCAUCUUCCUGCUGCUGUGGUGCCUGUACCGCCGCGCGGCUCGGCACCGCCCCUUCGCACACCACCGGCUCCCGGACCACGGAGACGAAGCCGUGAUGCACCUGGACACCCCGAAGGACCCCUACGACCUGUACUUUUACGCGCCGGAUGCCUGGGUCCCUUCGCACAUCGCCACCAAGCAGCCGCCGCCAACACCCCCGCUGCCACCCAAGCUGCCCCCGCCGCCGCGCGGGGGCCGCCCGCAGCGCCUGGAGGCCCUGUCCCCCGCCACGCUGCCCGACAACUUCGUGUGAGCCCCGGAGGGAGGGGCACCCGGGGGUCUUCCUGGCCCGCUUCGCUGCGUAGCGGCCCGCUCUGACCGAGGGUCCGACCCAGAGAUGCUUUUGCUGCGUGGGGAAACACGGGGGAGGCCCAAUAAAUCAUGU